GACCUCCUGGUUCAUAGGUCGGCUGACGCGCAACCACGGAGCCCCGCCGGCCGGGCCACCUCCCGUCCUUUCUCGUCCACAGGCAAAAACUGGGACCUGACGGCCGCCCUGAGCGACUAUGAGCAGCUCCGGCAGGUGCACACGUCGGCCAUCGUGUCCCUGGCGCGGUCCCACGUGGCCAGCGAGUGCAGCAGCGAGCAGUGCCCCCUGGAGAUGCCCAUCUACACCUUCCAGCUGCCGGACCUGAGCGUGUACAGCGAGGACUUCAGGAGCUUCAUCGAGCGGGACCUGAUCGAGCAGGCCACCAUGGUGGCCCUGGAGCAGGCAGGUCGCCUGAACUGGUGGUCCGCGGCGUGCACCAGCUGCAAGCGGCUCCUUCCCUUGGCCACAACCGGCGACGGGAACUGCCUCCUGCAUGCGGCCUCCCUGGGCAUGUGGGGUUUCCACGACCGUGACCUGGUCCUGCGGAAAGCGCUCUACACCAUGAUGCGGACGGGGGCCGAGCGGGAAGCCCUGAAGCGGAGGUGGCGGUGGCAGCAAACGCAGCAGAACAAGGAGUCAGGGCUGGUGUACACCGAGGACGAGUGGGAGCGCGAGUGGACGGAGCUGCUCAAGCUGGCCUCCAGCGAGCCGCGCACGCACUUCAGCAAGAACGGCGGCGGCUCGGGUGGGGGUGUGGACAAUGCCGAGGACCCCGUGUACGAGAGCCUGGAGGAGUUCCACGUGUUCGUCCUGGCCCACAUCCUAAGGAGGCCCAUCGUGGUCGUGGCCGACACCAUGCUGAGGGACUCGGGCGGGGAAGCCUUCGCCCCGAUCCCGUUCGGAGGGAUCUACCUGCCUCUGGAGGUGCCUCCCAACCGGUGCCACUGCUCCCCCCUGGUCCUCGCCUACGACCAGGCGCACUUCUCCGCCCUGGUGUCCAUGGAGCAGCGGGACCAGCAAAGGGAGCAAGGUAGGCCGCCCCCACCACGGGGCCCUGCACCGCACAAAUACACACGCCCAUUCCGCACACAAACCGUGGGCAAGUCCCCGCACACACGAGGUCUGCGACAUGCGGACCGGGUGCUGCGCGGGGCGGAGUUCAUGAGAGGCCGCGUGUCCGUCCUGGGGAAGCCGGGGAACCGCGCUGGUCCCCACGCACCCCGCGUCCCUCCCCCGCUUUCCGGUGCCGACAGGGAGUCCCUCUAA